AUGUCGUCUUUUCUUUCCUACAUCCCUGUUGUGAACCGCUUCGUCGGCUCUCAUGCCGCGCCGGCUGUUGUCUUCGACGUCCCACCCGGCGAAGCUCACAAUAUCGAAACGAACCCAGACCGCCGCGCACGAUGUCUAAAGCAUCUUAUCAGGGCAAACCAUGCCAACUACUCAAUCAUUUACCACAAUCUCCAGUUCGAUAAUCACAAUGCUCACGUGCUUUCCUCGGCAUACCUUCUGGGGGCUAAUGAGGAUCAACUCCGUACCAUCUAUGACAAGCAAAUCGCCGAGCUGGAACCUUGGACUGAGUCGCCUUGUGAGAUUACAGAGGAGGACUGGGUCGAUUACCUAGGUGACCGUAACUAUCAGCGGGCCUUUGUCGACUACUUUGAAGAUCAGCUCGUUAUGCGCUUCUCCUACAACUGGAAGAAGCUCUUGGAAAACUACAUGUUCCAAGACAAGAGGCCACUAGUAAGUGGGCUUUUUGGAGGCCUCGGGCAUCCCUUGAUCCACUUGGGUUAUGCAUACGAAAUCAACUGCAAAGAGCUGGCAAUUGAGUCUCUAGCUCUGGCUUCAGUGCAGUUCAACUAUUUGCAUAAGUAUAUCGAUGAUCCUAAAUAUACAAGACCAUCGCCCUUCACUUCACACUCCUUGUCGGAACUUUUGGACAAGGUUAGGGGUGAUAGUCGGUUUGACAACCUAUUCCCCAAGCGCCAACUCGAGAACCUCGACUUGCUUUUCGAAAAGCAUGAAGACCUCUUACUCGAGUACUGGAACGCCUGGGAGAUUAAAGAUCCGGCGAAACAGUUUGAAGAAUGCCAAGAAGCCGCCGUUUCUCUCCUUGUCGCCACAGUUGCGCCAGGAACGCACAGCUACAACUUCUUUUUGGUCCACGUCCUUACUACAAGCCAUGCUAUAAGAGUGUUACUGCCCCUCAUCCCGGGAAAGUUCCAUGAAAGUUUGGUCCGGGGUUGGGUGCUAUACACUUUAGCCAUCUACAUUGCUCUCCUACGACCUCAAAUCGACCCGGACUAUAUUGACCCCUCUACGUUGAAGGGCAGGCACUGGACAUACGUGGAGAACAAAGCACUCACUUCUCCCUGGUCAGCAGAUGCCCACUAUGUCAAAGCUAUCCGCGCAAUGAGAACAGCAGCACACACGUGGGGCGAUGUCCAUGAACGAUAUUUAGCUGCUGCGGCGCCCUCCUCCCAUCCGAUGGCGCCUCCCGCGAAGCGUCGAAGGAAGAAUGUCGUCGAGACGUCCGAUGAUGAACCGGAUCGCCCACAAGACAACUUGCUAACCCGAUUCCUUAAUUCGUCGCCAAAUCCCAAAGCCGCUGCUUCGGCUUCCUCGAGUCGCGCCCCAACUACUUCGCCUAGUCCGCUGAAGAGGGCAACUCGAGGAGCUUUAAGUAGCAAGAAUGGUGCCAAUUUUAGUCCAUCUGCGAGCCCCGAGAAACUACGAAGCCGGCCCCAGAAGAAGGUUAAGAUCGAAGAGAAGGGCAAGACAGCCGACCUCUUGACUCUCUUCUCGAAGCAGGCUCAAAGGUCCCAAGCAUCGACAACGUCCUCCACCAGAGCGAAAACACCCGUCGACGAGAUUACGAGCGACCCGAUUUCCGACGACGAUGAUGUAUCGUACCACAAGGCGCACGCGUCCUCCAUUGUUGGAGAGAAGGCGAGAAAGCGCCUGUUCGGUGACCCACAAAAGACUUCCACUUCUUCGACGCGAAAUCCGACCCAGAUGUUUGUGCGACCGCCGAAACCCACCAGGCUAGGACGCGUGGACGACGAUCUGCGCCCAUGGUCGGAACGAUUUGGCCCCAUAAACCUGGACGAGCUCGCUGUGCACAAGAAGAAGGUAGCCGAUGUGCGCAGGUGGAUAGAGGGCGUUCUUAGCGGGCAACUACGCCAGAGAAUUCUUUUACUUAAAGGUGCUGCUGGCACGGGGAAGACGACCACCGUCCAUCUCUUGGCGAACGACAUGGGCUGCGAGCUUUUAGAGUACAAGAGCCCGCUUGGGAGUUUUGUUCCGGGAAUGCAGUCGCCUUCGGCCCAGUUCGAGGCUUUUCUUGGCCUCGGUGGAAAGUUUGGAGGCUUAGAACUGGAGUCCGGGCCGGAGAACCACCCAAAUACUCCUAGUUCAACGUCGACGGAUCUACAGCGGAUAAUACUCAUCGAAGAGUUUCCCAACACUUUCACGCGCUCAUCGACUGCUCUGACAAGUUUUCGAAAUGCCCUCUUGGCCUAUCUUAAUGAGAACACGCCGUCUGCGGCCGACUUUACUCGGAGACCUAAGAAACCAGUCACCCCCAUCAUACUGGUCGUUUCAGAGACCUUGCUCACAACGACCUCCGCUUCCGCAGAUAGUUUCACUGCCCAUCGCUUACUAGGUCCGGAAAUCAUGAGACAUCCCGGUACAGGGCUUAUCGAGUUCAACGCCAUUGCACCAUCGCUCCUCACAAAAGCUCUAGAAUUAGUGGUUAUGAAAGAGGCAAGGAAGUCUGGGCGGCGGCGAACACCUGGGCCCCAAGUGCUGAAACGCCUCGGGGAAAUUGGUGACAUACGGAGCGCUGUUUCUUCUCUCGAGUUCCUAUGCCUCAAGGGAGACCAGGAUGCCGAUUGGGGCGCAAAGAUUUCGUUUACGAAGUCGAAGAGGGGUGCCAAGGAUGGCAUAGCCUUGACCCGCGAUGAGAUGGAGAGUCUAGAACAGAUCACCCAGAGGGAGGCCAGCCUUGGCAUAUUUCACGCCGUCGGGAAGGUCGUUUACAAUAAGAGGGACGAAGCUCCGGUGGCUGGAGAUCCCGUCGAGACGUUACCAGCUUAUCUUCAGCACUGCGCACGGCCAAAGCGGUCCCAAGUCUCCGUGGAUACGUUGAUUGAUGAGAUCGGAGCCGAUACCGGCACGUUCAUCUCUGCCUUGCACGAGAAUUACGCUUUAUCCUGCGAGUCUUCCUGCCCGGACGACGCCAAUGACCCCAUCGAUUACAUCAACGGCUGCAUUGACGCUUUAUCGGAUAGCGACCUGCUCUGUCCAUCCUGGGAUUCGUUCUUUGGCGGAAGAGGCGCGUCCGGCGCGUAUUUCGGCCGAGACACAGGUAGCCACAUUGUCCGGCAGGACGAGAUGGCCUUCCAAGUGGCCGUUCGCGGCAUGUUAUUCGCGCUCCCUCACCCCGUGAAGCGGAUAGCAUCCGGGCCGGGCAAGAGCUCGGACACGUUCAAGAUGUUCUACCCCACGAGUCUCAAACUUUGGCGUUCGAAGGAAGAGAUGGAAAGUCUAGUCGACGUGUGGUCUACGAAGCUGCUCAACGGCGAGGACAGCCACGCCCACAAUAACCGGUCCAUAACGGACGGUGCCAGCCUCUUCCUUCGCGCCUCUUCCUCUCGGAACCAUCACCAGUCCCCCACCAAAUCCAACAACACGGCAGCCCAGGCCAAUCCCAAGCCAGAAGACGGCGGCACGGCGCCACUCCUCUCCCUCGGCAGCGCAGCCCGCCGCGAGCUCGUGCUCGAAAGGCUCCCCUACAUGGCUCUCAUCGGCCGCGCACGCAAGAAAACCCCGCUGCAGAACUCGACCCUCCGACAGCGCGAAAUUGAAAAGGUCGUGUCCUUCCGCGGCAUCGGCGUGGGGCCUGACGACGAGGCCGAGGCUGACGAUGCCGACGAAUGCGCCGUUGCUGGGGAGGCGUGGGCUACGGACCGGCCUACGGAGGAGGCUUCGCCUAAGAAGAAGGGAUCCGCGGGGAUCAGGGUUAGGGGUGGCGGAGCGGCGGCGGGACUUUCUGCUUCCGUGGCUGGGUUGCAGGUUCAGAAGCUGGUGUUGAGUGAUGAUGAUAUUGAGUCGGACUAA